AUGGACAAGGGCACAGAGGAGGUUAUUGUGACAACCAGGCCACACAUCCACUACUGCCGCUCACCCAACAUGGAGGACUUCACCUGCUGGUGGCAUCCCCUGGACAACAUCUCCGAUGGGGAGGUUGUAACCUACACCCUCACAUACUCCAAAGAGUACCAUGAGUGUCCAGACUAUGUGACUAGUGGACCAAACAGCUGCUACUUUGACAGCAGCCACACGUCAGUAUGGAAGAUCUACUGUAUGAACGUGACCGCCAUCACCGCCACCAGGAACUAUACUUCCCAGGAGCACUGCCUGGACGUUGCAGAGAUUGUGCAGACAGAGGCGCCGGUUAAUGUAACCUACACGCUGACGGAUGCUGGUGGAGAUGAAAUGGGCCACAACGCGCGGCUCUCUUGGACUUACCCGGUGCCUUCUGACCUUCAGUUUGGUUGGAUCACUCUGGUCUACGAGCUGCAGUACAGACGGGUCACAGAACCCGACAACUGGAAGGUGAAACAGUCACUACGUGAGUCCCAUGUGGAGCUGCUGGGCCUGCCCGUGGGGGACUAUGUGGUCCGAGUGCGAUGCCGGUCACACAACUAUGGCCUGUGGAGCAAAUGGAGUGCCACACUCCUCAUGAACAUCCCGGCCAGGGCGCUCACAGGUAAACUCCUGGUGCUGAUUUUGGUGACAGGAGUCAGUGUCAUGGCCCUGCUGGUUGUGGGGUUUGGAAUCAUUCCACAGAGCAAGAGGAUAAAAGCAUGCUUACUUCCGGCCAUUCCUAAGCCUCGGAUUUUAGGCAUCAACCCACUACUGCUGAAGAAGGGGCACAUAGAGGAGAUCAACCGCCACUUCAGCUCCUUCCACAGCUACAAUCCCCCAAGCUACAUCGAGGAGGUGUGGGACCAGGUCAGCAUGGAUGGCAGUUUCGCUGGCCUCCAGGGGGUUGGGGGCGUCCAAACUGAGUGGACAGACAGGGAGAAGGAGGCGCCACUGAUGAUCCCCGACGAUGGCACAAUGCUGGCUUCCGGCUGUUGCCCAGCGAUGACCCAGACCCCGGCCACGUGUUGCUCCCUGCCCACCGAGUCCUUCCUGCCCACCUCGCUGGCUCCACAAACGGGCACGCCCACCUCAUAUGCAUGGCCCACGAUGGUGUCGGUUCCUGGUACAGACUACAGCAUGAUGGGACGGUCCGGCCAGCCUAAUUCCCCCGCCUCUAAACCGGUCGGGGUCAUCAGUGUUGCCACCGGGCAACCGCCGCAUUUCUACACCUGCGUCCAGCUCAUGAACGACAGUGGCGAGGUCCACCUGAUGCCUUGUUUGACACCUCCGCCGCCUUACGGCAAGCAGCAGCUUUCCCGACCCGGCUCAGAGGUGGGCGUCACCGUAAAGGAGGAGCAGAAGAAGAAACAGCAGCUUGAGGACUACCUGAACAGGAAGGGCUCGGUCGCCGGGAUGACAGCAAAAGGGGAAACGGCGGAGAAGAGCGAGGUGGACGUGCCUCUGCUGCCAGUUUCUGCUGACAGCAAGGCCGUUCACAUGUGUGGGCAAACAUGCACUUGUAGACACGGUUGA